AUGGAGCUGGCCGGUAAAAAGAGAGUAAAUCAACUGCAUGAACUUGAGGAGUUUAGGCUCCACGCGUAUGAGAAUGCCAAGCUUUACAAGGAAAAGACAAAGAGGUGGCAUGACAAGCACAUAGUUACUCGUACUUUCACUCAGAGGGAAAAUGUACUACUCUUUAACUCUAGAUUGAGGUUAUUCCCUGGAAAACUAAGGUCUAAAUGGAUUGGUCCUUUAGAAGUGGUAAGAAUGACACAACAUGGGGCUAUUGAACUUAAGGGUAAAACGGGCCUUACGUUCUUCGUCAAUGGGCAAAGGGUGAAACACUACUUUGGUGAGGAUUCAGAUCGUGAUCAGGAGGCUCUUGAGCUAAAUGAUGAAUGA